AUGGGUAGGCUUCUGCAAAGAAAGUUUUUUGUUAAGAGAAAGAACUUUAUAGAAUUAGGUUUACGAAAAGAUGGUUUUUGUGAUAAAGAUAUAAUUGAUUUGUUUCAAACAAUUUCAAAUCUCUUCCGAGUUUAUGAAAAGUUUAAUGCAAGAUAUAUAUUGUCAACAGAUAAGGGCUAUGACUACCCGUGUAGUGAUAAAGAGAAAAAUUUCUUUAUUAUAUUAGGUCCUGAUUUCUGGGGACUGCUGAAUUUAGAAUGGAGUUUAUGCAGUAAAGGAAGGCGACAAUCACCCGUUGACAUUGAUCCAGCAGGUCUAUUGUAUGAUCCUAGUUUAAGGCCUUUACAUGUUGACAAAAUCAGGGUGAAUGGAAUAAUUACAAACACUGGGCAUGGUGUUAUAUUUAGAACAACUGCCUCAAAUCAUGCAGAAAUCCUUAAUAUUACAGGAGGGCCUCUGUCAUAUAAGUACCGCUUUAGUGAGAUUCAUAUUCACUUUGCCAGAUCAGAUGAAAAAGGAUCGGAGCAUCUUAUUGCUGGCCAUCAAUUUCCUGCCGAGAUACAACUAUAUGGAUACAACAGUGAUCUUUAUCAAAAUAUUUCUGAAGCAAUGGCACUGCAGAAAAAUCAAGGAUUGGUUGGAAUAUCUAUUUUGUUGCAGACUGGAGACUUAUCAAAUCCAGAAUUAAGGAUUAUUACCAGCCAGUUACACAAGAUAGUGCAUAGAGGUCAAGAAGCUGAGUUGAAGUUUCUAUCACUACGUGAUUUAAUGCCUGAUACCCCUUAUUACAUGACAUAUGAGGGAUCUACAACUAUGCCAGGAUGCUACGAAACCGUGACGUGGAUAGUUAUAAACAGACCCAUUUACAUUACUAAACAGCAGCUAUUCGCUCUGCGUCGUUUAAUGCAAGGUGACGAGCGCAAUCCUAAAGCUCCUCUAGCAGAUAACUUUAGACCCACUUUGGCACUUAAUCAGAGAUCUAUCAGGACCAACAUUGAUUUUAGACGAAAUCCAGGAAGUGAAUGUCCUACCAUGCACAGGCAAGUUGAAUACCAAGCUAAUGUGCAGAACAACCCAAAAGGGGCUUGAUGAGAGACAUGAUUUCCUGGAACCGACGAAGAAAAGAAUGAAGGGUCAUAUCGUUCCUUUUUUAACGGGCGAAAUCUGU